AUGGAACCUGCUUGUGCAAAAAGAGUCCACACAUGCCUUAGCAUAGCUGAUAGAUUCCAUAUAAAGCGCGAGUUACGCUGCACUUCACCCGGGGGAAACUGUUUUCACUCGCUUCGAACGGCAUGCGAAGCCUGUAUUGAUGAAGGAGCAGUUUCUAUGACUGUUGGGUCUAAUCCUGUUUCCAGAACAGUUUCCGUUGCUUCUGGUUCUGUUUGUGAAAGGAAUUCUUGUUAUCGUAAGCCAAUCAAAUUUGAUGAUGUAGGUGACAACGUAAAGGGCGACUUAGGCGGCCACCCAAAGAGGAAGAGAGGAAAGGUGCUUGCAGAAUUGAAGGAAAUAAGGAAAGAGUCGAGCGGGACUGAAUCAAACAAUCUGCUCGGAUCAGGAAAAAGUGUACGGAAUGCAGUAACUUCUGGCUCCUCAAAGCACAAGGCUCGAUCAUUUUUGUGUGGGCUGAUAGACAACAAUGUGUUGUUGCCUCGGACAAGAGUACACUACCGUGGGAGAAAUGUUUUGGCUCCAUCGAAAAAAGGGCGCAUAACUCGUGAUGGGAUUAAGUGUGAUUGUUGCCACACGCUGUUUUCCCUCGCUGCUUUUGAAGCUCAUGCUGGUAGUUCAAACCGUAGACCGGCUGUUUCUACGACUGUUGGCUCUAAUCCUAUUUCCAGAACAGCUUCUGUUGCUUCUGGUUCUGUUUGUGAAACGAUUGCUUGUUAUCGUAAGCCAAUCAAAUUUAUUCAUGUGGGUGACAACGUAAAGGGCAACAUAAGUGGCCACCCAAAGAGGAAGAGAGGAAAGGUGCUUGCAGAAUUGAAGAAAAUAUGGAAAGAGUCGAGCGGGACUCAGUCAAACAAUCUGCUCGGAUCAGGAAAAAGUGUACGGGAUGCAGUAAUUUCUAGCUCCUCAAAGCACAAGGCUCGAUCAUUGUUGUGUGGGCUGAUAGACAACAAUGUGUUGUUGCCUAGGACAAGAGUACACUACCGUGGGAGAAAUGGUUGUGCUCCAUCGAAAAAGGGGCACAUAACUCGUGAUGGGAUUAAAUGUGAUUGUUGCUACAGGCUAUUUUCUAUCACUGCUUUUGAAGUUCAUGCUGGUAGUUCAAACCGUAGACCGGCUGCCAAUAUUCUACUCGAAGAUGGGAGGUCUCUGCAGGAUUGUCGAAGGCAGGGGAUUAAUAAUCACUCCACAAGAAAGCUACAAGAGAAUGAGGAGUUAUGCUCUGUUUGUCACUAUGGGGGUGAAUUAGUUUUAUGUGAUCAGUGUCCAUCCUCGUUCCACAAGAGUUGCAUUGGCUUGCAGGAUGUUCCAGAUGGUGAUUGGUGUUGCCCGUCAUGUGCUUGUGGAGUUUGCGGUCAUGGCAAGUUUCAAGAAGACAGUGGGAAUUUUUUAGACGAUAGUUUUGUUACUUGCAAGCAAUGCGAGCACAAAUUUCACAGUGGGUGCCUAAGGAGUAAAAAGAUGGUCAACAAAGAUCGUCCGUUCUGUGGCAGAAAGUGUGAAUGCAUAUUUCUGGGCCUUCGCAAGCUUUUAGGGAAACCAAUUCCAGUGGGUGUUGAUAAUUUGACUUGGACACUAUUGAAGUCCACAUAUUCUGAAAGCUGCAAUCUUGCAGAUUCUCCUAGUAUUGAGGCCUCCAUGGAGGAUUACAGAAAGCUCAAUGCUGCUCUAAGUUUGAUGCAUGAGAUUUUUGAGCCUGUCAAACAACCUCUUACUAACACAGACCUUGCUGAAGAUGUAAUUUUCAGUAGAGGGUCAGAGCUUAAACGAUCCAACUUCCGAGGGUUCUACACUGUGCUCUUGGAAAGAAACGAUCAAGUGAUUUGUGUGGCUACUGUAAGGAUUUAUGGGGAAAAGGUGGCAGAAAUACCUCUUGUUGGCACCAGUUUUCAACAUCGUAGAUGUGGAAUGUGUCGCAUAUUGAUGGAUGAGCUUGAAAAGCAGCUGAUGGCACUUGGAGUGGAAAGGCUAAUUUUGCAUGCUGCUCCUACUGUGCUCAAGACGUGGACAACUUCAUUUGGGUUUUCCAAGAUGACAGAUUUUGAGAAGGUGCAGUUGAUGGAUUAUACUUUCCUGGAUUUCGAAGAUACCAUCAUGUGUCAGAAGCUCCUAAUGAAGAAACCUGCGGCAGAAAUUGUGGACCAGGGACUUGUAGAUACUGCUGUGAAGCAUGGAAAACUCAGACCCUGUUUGUUCUUUGAUGAAGAAGUCAAUUUCCAGGAGGCAAGCAGGGACUGCAACAGUGACUAUUCCAAGAGGAGGAAGAUAUCAUCACCAUGGGAGAGGCAAAGCAGUGACUAUUCCAAGUUCUGCAAGAGGAGGAAUAUAUCAGCAUCUGACAGCCGACUCCCAUUCCUUGAUACAACUGGGAGAUAUCUUAUGUCAGCAUUUUAA